UUCAACAAAGAAAAAAAAAAUGCGAACUCUUAAACUAAUACCAAGAAAGAGAACUCUAAGGUACCUUUGGGCUUGGUCAAAUAAAAAUUCACUAAAAUAUUGCAGCAUUUACAUAUGGAUGACAAAAAUCAUGAAGAAACAAAGAAACAAGAACAAGUAGUAAGACCAUUUCAGCUGAUCUCCCCUCGCAUGCAUUUGACAGCAUCUUCCAAUCCGUUCAUAUAAAUGCAUCAGACCAACACGAACAGAAACACAUAGCAACCAAACCUUCACUGGCCACAAGAAUCCCCUAAAGCUUACCUAGCUUGGAGAAAAGGAGAGGUACAGAAGAGAAUUCCACAUAGAAAAACAAGUGUACAUGGCUAGAAAGAGAAAAGCUGGUCAUGAUGCAGUGGAAGACAAAAGUUCUAGUGAGGGAACCAUGGCUUGGGAAGAGAUGGUGAAGGAAGCUGCUGCAGCCGCUGCUCUAGGUGGUUCUGCGAGAGCCCGGAAGCGAUUUGUUGGUGUCAGGCAAAGACCAUCCGGUCGUUGGGUCGCGGAGAUUAAAGACACCAUACAAAAGAUAAGAGUGUGGUUAGGCACUUUCGAUACAGCCGAGGAAGCAGCCCGGGCGUACGAUGAGGCUGCUUGCUUACUGCGUGGUUCCAACACUAGGACAAACUUCUGGCCUUGUUCCUCCUCAUCAUCUUCAUCCCCUGCUCUUCCCUCAAAGAUCACGAAUCUUCUCCUCCAAAGGCUCAAAGCAAGAAAUGACACUUGCGCUGCUUCACACAUUUCUUCCCCGCCAAUCAGCCAGCAAGAAAAUAAACAAGCAGAAGUAUACAGAGAAGAAGAGACGGAUAUCUUAGAUACCUCGUUCACGCAUUACCUUAACGAUCCUGAAGAUUUCACCAACUGCACCAACAUCGUAACGAGUACUAGUACAGCUGCUAGUCCUGAUUAUAUGACCACGAGUUUUGAAUCCUCUAUAACUGAAAAAGAAGACUGCGGAGGGAGGGAAAUGGGCUUCGAUUACAAUUGGAGUAUUAAUGCAGCACAGACCUCUAGUGGUACUGAGGGUAAUUUUGGAGGGGAAGGAGAUCAGGAAGAUGGAGAAGACGCAACCGCUGAUGUAGGAACCAUGGAUUUCCAAUUUCUGGAUGCUGCUGGGACCUGUUUCUAUUCUCCAUUUGAGAUUGCUGAAGAGAUUAAUGCGGAACCAGUUGAACCAGAGAACUGCACUGACGAGCCAUCAAUGCUUAGAGCAGCCAUGAAGAGGAUGAAAUAUGAAAGGAAGUUCUCAGCUUCUCUCUACGCCUUCAAUGGGAUACCUGAGUGCUUGAAGUUGAAGCUCAGAUCAGGAAAUUUAAAUGUGAAAGGAAGAGGAAUCUCUGACCAACUAAGCCACCUACAAGAGGCAUGUCACAACAAAAUGGAGAAGAAUGCUGAAGUAUUUGAGGAAAUGAUGGGGAAGAGGGAGGAUAUCCCACAAAGUUCAGUUGAAAUGGGGUCGUCUUCUUCGAACAACGAUGGUGAAUUGUCACUUUGGAGCUCUCUGGAUCUUCCACCCAUCUGCUUUGUUAACUAAUUGAUAGAGCUUUUUAGUCCAUAAGGGUUUCAUGCUCUAUUUAAGAAGUGAAAAAAUUCACGCUUGUUUUAUUUAAUGUUGAUCUUCUGAUGUAUGGCAUAUGCCCGAGGAAAAAUUGAAAUGUAACGCUAUUUGUUAGCCAAUACGGUGAAGUAAUGUCCCAUUUUUUAUUCUUCUCCUGCUUAUAAGCAAGCAGAAGAGACCUAAACUGAGGUUUAAACCAUCCAAGUUGCAAUG